AUGUACGACGAAGACGCAGGAGCGCUGGUCGUUGAUAAUGGGUCGGGAAUGUGCAAGGCCGGAUUCGCUGGUGAUGAUGCACCACGUGCCGUCUUCCCGUCCAUAGUUGGCCGUCCGCGCCACCAGGGUGUGAUGGUUGGUAUGGGACAGAAAGACUCGUACGUCGGUGAUGAGGCCCAGUCCAAGCGUGGUAUCCUCACCCUGAAGUAUCCGAUCGAGCACGGAAUCAUCACCAACUGGGAUGAUAUGGAGAAGAUCUGGCAUCACACCUUCUACAAUGAGCUGCGUGUCGCCCCGGAAGAGCAUCCAAUUCUUCUAACGGAGGCCCCUCUAAAUCCCAAAGCAAACCGUGAACGUAUGGCACAGAUCAUGUUUGAGACGUUUAACGCUCCGGCUAUGUACGUCGCCAUCCAGGCCGUGCUGUCCCUGUACGCUUCCGGUCGUACCACCGGUAUUGUGUCUGAUUCAGGUGAUGGCGUUUCGCACACCGUACCUAUUUUUGAAGGUUAUGCUCUGCCCCAUGCCAUCCUCCGACUGGACAUGGCUGGUCGCGAUCUGACCGAUUACCUGAUGAAAAUUAUGACCGAACGUGGAUAUGCAUUCACCACCUCUGCCGAGCGUGAAAUCGUCCGUGACAUCAAGGAGAAGUUGUGCUACGUUGCUCUGGACUUUGAACAAGAAAUGUUAACUGCUUCUGCUUCUACUUCACUGGAGAAAUCAUACGAGCUUCCCGAUGGGCAAGUUAUUACUGUAGGAAACGAGCGCUUCCGUGCUCCGGAAGCUUUGUUCCAGCCAUCUUUCUUGGGAAUGGAAACGGCUGGAGUUCACGAGACGGUGUAUAAUGCAAUCAUGCGCUGUGAUGUCGAUAUCCGUAAGGAUUUGUAUGCCAACACUGUCCUGUCCGGUGGUACCACUAUGUACCCAGGUAUUGCUGAUCGCAUGCAGAAAGAAAUUACCGCUCUCGCUCCUCCCACUAUCAAGAUCAAGAUAAUUGCUCCACCCGAGCGCAAGUACUCCGUCUGGAUCGGUGGAUCCAUCCUGGCCUCGCUGUCCACUUUCCAGUCUAUGUGGAUCUCAAAGCAGGAGUAUGAUGAGUGUGGACCGACCGUGGUCCAUCGCAAAUGCUUCUAG